GACAUUAACAACAACCACGUCAGGCUCUUACAGUGAGGGCCUCGUGACUCAAAACGUCACAGGUGAUUCGAAACAGCGUGGAAUCCUACUUUAUCACCGGGAAGCCUUUUGUUUUGAAUUCGUACACGAGAAGUGCCUGGACGAUAAUCCAAUUUUUUAGCACCGGAAAAAGAAAACGAUGGAAAUCGUUCGGAUUUUUAGUCGUUGACAUUUGCAUCGGUGGAUAUUUUCAGUGACAAUUGUUAAACCGAACACGCAAAUGUAUAUUGGUAACUUUAAACAUAGUGAAUGUACGAUCGACGUAGUAAAGCGUGUAUUGGAACUACGAUUUAUGUGCCACAUUAGGGGCCUUGGAAGUUUCUUGUCAAUUAUCGAUAGAAACAAUAAUAAGAAGGAUAGUGAAGGGUAAUUUAUUCGAUUUGAAGAUUUUCAAGAUCGGAGUGCUGGUGUGUGACAUUUCAUGGAAGAAAUCGAGUUGUACAUCGUCCGACUAUUAGUGUGAAAAGUUGGGAUUUCGCUCGAAGAACAGUAAUCGUCGAAAGAAGGUUGGGAUUCCUCGUGUUCGAGGAUCGAUGUGGAAGAAUGCGGAGGAAGGAGGCUUGAUUCGUGUUUCGAAGCUUUUUCUAAGGUCGUGGAGGUCGUCCGGAUCCAGAGAACAAUGACGAUCGACGGUUAAGGGAAUUGCUGCGAGAAUUCCGUGGAGGGUGAUCGAGGGUUCGUUUCACCGGGGGGUUGUUGAUAUUAUGUUAGCAACGGGAUUAUGUGCGUUUCUGAAGGUGUUGGCGAUGGCGGGAAGCGUCACGGCGCUUCUGCCGGAAGACUUCGAAGAUCCAGCUGCUCCAGCCAACCUGCAAGAAGAAUGUGCCUCGAAAUGCCCGGAUCUCGAUUUAAAUCAGAAUCGAACGGACGACUCGAGUUCGGAGGUGGGAUGUGGCAUACGAUGCAAGAUCGACCAGUGCACAAAAGGCUGCGGAGCGUGGCAACGAGCACUCGACACGAGCUGUCAAGCCGUCUGCAAUGGAACGCAAGAAUUGCUACCACCCAAAGAAUUGUACUGUGUCCUGGGUUGUCACGACGCGCUCAACCGUUACUUUCAACAAUUAAAAGCGGAAAUAGGUAUUCCAUCGGCACCAGCUUUGGUGGCGGACUCGCUAACCGCGACUUCCCUGCGACUCGAAUGGAAAGGAAUAGACAUCGAAAGACGCGGCGGAGGCAUAUCGUACUUAGUGCAAUGGAGGUACGAGGAGCUGGCUGAGACCUGGCAAUAUUGUAGAAAUCAAUCGUGGGGAGAGGAUGAUCAGAUUUUAGUUGAAAAUUUGCAACCUUACACGAAAUACAGGUUUCGCGUAGCGUUACUGUUAAAAUCGUCUCAACACAAUCCGGAGCCUAUCGUUUCCGCUCCGAGCGUCGUGAUACGAACGUUGGCUGCCGGUUUACCAACCUCAGCACCGGUAAUUGUAAGAGCGGUGGCGGUAGACAGCUGCCGCGCCUCUGUGUCUUGGGAACCAGGCCCUUUCCCGAAUGGGCCACUUUUGUCUUAUGUCCUGCGUCUGCAAGGGGCUGAUCACUCCCAGCUUAAGGACAUACCGGCCUCCGAAAACACGGACCACUACAUGUUCCAAAAUCUCGAGCCGAAUAAGAAUUAUUCGAUUAGCGUGACCAUGAGGAACGGGGUUGGAGAGGGGCCACCUGCGGUAACUUGCGUCAUGACCACUCCAGAACCGGCUGUGAAAGACACGCAACAACCUAUUUUAAUUCUCGGAGGUCAGCACGUGGUUAUGAAACAAGAUGCGGACAUGUUGGACGAUCCUAGCGUGGUUUACGAAAAUACGAGCACGAUUCGAGGAGUGGCGAUUCACGUGGCUUCCGCUCGGCUCUUCAUUUCCGAUUCAUUGGGAUACGUAUACAGAACGUCCAUCACGAAACGAACGAAACCAACGGUGAUACUCGGCCCGAGUCAGGCGAACUUUAAACCUCUGAGUUUAUCGGUCGAUUGGCUGAACCUACACUUGUACAUUCUGGGCGAGGUGAAACACGCGACAACGGUUUGGCAAAUUGCUAGAUGCAAUCUGGACGGAAGAGGUUUGACAGUGGCCGUGGCUGGCUUCUUGACGCGACCCACGCAUAUCGAGGUAGACCCGUACAAUGGUUACUUAUUCUGGGUCACCAGGGGCGGUUUGUACCGAUUGGAUCUGGCUGACAUAAGCAACGGAGUGAAGCACGAGGUUCAGCCGUAUUUAAUUCUCGAAGACGCUAAUUUAGGAGCGUUCACCGUCGAUCACAGCAACUUCCGUCUUCUCGUUCCCCAUCACAUCCGAAAUACUGUAAUAUCUGUCUCCCUGGAUGGUCGUGAAGUUGUAAAUCUUCGCGCCAACACGCAGCAACCAAAAUUCAAGAACGUAGUCUCGUUAGCCAUGGCGAACGGCUUGUUUUAUUGGACGAACGGCGAGGAGGUAUUGAUAGAAGGAUAUCACUCGGGACAAAACAGAUAUUUUCACAAUGCUUACCCCGAUAGGUCGAACGGUUCAUUUGUCAGUGUCAAUGUACUUAUGGACGCGAGCCAGCCAGUUCCUGUCCCCGUGAAUCCUCCUACGGGCGUGCAAGCUGUCCUUGGUGUGGAGAGGGCGAAAGUUUCUUGGCAGGCGCCUCAUUUAUUGGGCGGCCAGGGCAAAGGAGCCUGGCAAAAUUGGUCUUACGAAUUGGAGAUCAAAGACGAGUCUACCGGAGAGACGAUCCAUCAGAAGGAUAUCGCUGGAUCGUCUCAUACCGUGCACAAUCUUCGAGAGAAAUCAGAGUACUCGAUUAAGGCGGCGGCUUACACGAGCGCUGGCAGAGGACCCUGGUCAACCGAGUUCAGGGGUCGAACCUUGAGGGACGGAUCACACGCAUCCAUUUUGUGGUCCGCAAACGAGGGUCUCCUAAGAAGCGACGUAACCGGAGAGAAUAUCGAUACUUUGAUCUAUAAAGCGGGCUUGAAGGAGACAGAGGUUGAUUAUCACAUCGUUGAUGUCAGCUGGUACAAGGACAUUCUGUACAUCGUAGGAAACAAUUCUGCGUUGUAUCGGUACAAUAUUACGAGCCAUCAAAAGACGAAGAUGAAUAUUCACUCUGUCGGGAGCGUUGCUGUCGAUUGGAUAUCGAAAAAAUUGUACUGGGCUAAUCCGAAGCAACAAAUAAUAACAAGAGCAAAUUUGAAUGGAUCUCAUCAGGAGCCCAUGUCGAUUCUGGCCAUCGUUAAGGAAUUGAUGAUCGAUUCUUUGGAAGCGUACCUGUAUUGGUCAACCGGCCACGCCGUUGAAGUGGCUCGUUUAAACGGACAAGACAGAAGAUACUAUCAUUCGGAUGAAAUAUUUAACGGGAAACAAGUGAUGGGGUUAACGUUGGACACAGAGAACAGAUACGUUUAUUGGAUCGUCCGAAGCUACGAAAGUGGAUCCAUCGUUUAUCGAGCGCCAACGUCUGAAAGAAUUUCGAUGAGUCAUAAAAUCGUGCCUGAGAAGGUCUCAGCACUGCAGUACCCAAACAUGCAAGGCCCUUUAUGCUAUUUCUCGGAGCAUCUUCUGUGGCUUCAAGACGACCGGAACGCGGUGAUAGGCGAUCUGUCUGGCCAAAACACGGCCAUAAUAAACGGUAUCAGCUUGUCAGGCCUUCACAUGGUGGCCGUCAUGGAUCCGGCGCUUCAUCAAUAUCCAAAGAAUCUUACAUCAGAAACCGUAGCUGUAUUACCAAACGCCGUAAACUAUAGCAGUAUUAGAGUAGAAGGCACCUGGAGGAACUUCAACAUAUCCUGGGACCCGGUGGAGAAUAUCAAUUACGGAACUGUCUUCUACGAAGUGAAAUUCGCGGAUUAUAUCAAUACCAAUUCGAACCCGGAGAUAACGACGGAAACCUCGAUGCCUUAUAACAAUUCCGAACAGAUUUUGCCUUAUUCGGUCCUGGAGGUGACUGUGAAAGCCUUCACGUAUUGGGAAACGGCACACCACACAAGGAAGAUACUCAGGUCGCCACAAAGCGUCCCCAGCCAGCCAACGAAUCCUAGAGCGUUUAUAGAGUUUCGCAAAGAACCACUGAGCGAAAAUGUCGACAUAUUUGCGAUAUUCAGGUGGGAUCAACCCGAGUUCACGAAUGGUCUGAUCACCGGAUACACGGUUCAGUGUUGGUUUAAAGAGAACAACGUCGAGAUGCAAAUCUGCGAUCAGUCGCUUAUUCCAUCCACGUUGUUAGAGCACACCGUUCAAGACCUGUUGCCAAACACGACGUAUUACUUUCAAGUUCGAGCUCAUACGGAAAUUGGCGCCGGACCAUACACCGACGUGAUCAGCGUUUCGACGAUUUAUGAAAAUCCGAUACCGCAACUGCUGGUCGCCACGAUGGACGCGGUUCGAAUAUCCGAUUUGGAUCAGGAAAUGAACUAUACCGUUACUCGGCACAUCGCGGUUGAAGUGACGUAUCUGGCCGCGGAGAGCAAAAUUUACUGGAUCAACGAAAUGCAGGAGUUGGUAACCUCGGACUUGGAUGGGGUAAACGCUACUAAAAUAUUGACGUUGAACAACAGCGCAUUUAGCAUAACUGUCGAUUGGGUGGCGAGACAUCUUUACUGGUCCGAAUCCAGCUAUCGAGAAAACGGUGGAUGUAUCAUGAAGUUAGACUUGACCAUGUGGCAAGCUGGAAUUCUUAAAUACGAGAACAUCGUUACGACGAGCAGACGUAUCGUGAAUCUCGAUAUAUUACCAUCUACUGGAUCGUUGUACUGGAUAGAACAAACUAAGAAAGAUGGCGGAGUAAUAAUGCGGUCGAAUUUGAGCGGCAGUGAUAUUCAACCGUUCUUCGAUCAUAUAGACGAUUGUUCCUGCCCUUACAGGCCAUCCGUGAUUCCUGUGAUGACGAUCGAUAGCACCGAUUAUCAGAAACCAGUCAUGUACUGGAUUUCUUUGGAAGGUCACCUAAACAGCGCCGAUAUCGACGGAUGUAAGUGCAAUCUGAUAGUAAGCGCAGGUUUCAACAAAGGAUUACCAGCAAGAUCGUUGACCGUCGACAAGAUGAACAUCUAUUGGUCCAACAUUCCGGAAGAUCAAAUUUAUUUUGUAAAUAAAAAAUAUCCCGAUGACGAGCAGAUCAAGCACUUCUAUUUACCAUCUGUACGAAGCAUCAAAGCCCUUGGGAAAUCUCUGCAAACGUAUCCGAUCACCAACUGUUUGAUUCCCCGUCAAGACUCCUACAACGUGGAAGAAGCGAGAAAAACAGCAAGUAGCAUUACCGUGAGACUUCCCGAACCGGUUCCUCAAUUUGGCUGCGAAGGAUACAGCUUACCUACGACGCUAUACACGAUAUACGUGUCUCAAUGUCUAGAGAAUGAUCCAAAUAUGUGCGAGGACAGCGACAGAACAAAGUUGCAGACUUACGAGAAGGAAUACGAAAUAAAGGAUUUGAAGCCUUUCACGAAAUACAGACUGAAACUGGCCUUGAGCAACUAUUACGCUGAUUCAGAGUCGAUGAGUUUAGAGUUUGAUUCUGGUGUCGUGUUACGAACCGAAGCUGGCGCUCCUACAGCUCCGGAGAACGUAACCGUGGAAGCUCUGACACCAACUUUGGCUAUCGUCUACUGGAUGCCACCGAAGAUAUUAAAUGCCGCAGCUGUACGAUACGAGGUACAUUGGAGAUUGGUCCGAUUAAUAAACGGAGCACGACAAAAGGGAGAACAAUUUAUAAAGGGCACCGAACGCACAACCGAUGGAAGAUUCUUCACCAUGUUGGAACCGUGGCUACCUGAUCAGGAGUAUCUAGUGUUCGUUCGCGCUUAUCCUGCCCACGUUAACGAUGUAUACAGCGAAAGUUCCGGUCAAGUAGUCAAGAUGUACCCAGAACCGAAUAAUUUGACGUUAACAGGGGUUAGCGUGAACAGCUUGAACGUAUCCUGGGUACCAACAGUGGAUUUGAUGGUCAAAUACACGCUGGAAUACAAAGAUGUUGCUGUAGAAAAUUGGCAAGAGGCAAAUGACUUUACGAUGGAAAACGACAAAGUGACAUAUUUCAUCAGGAAGUUGCAACCACGAACUUUGUACAAAUUUCAUCUGCUUCUGAGAUAUCCAAAUUAUAAAAAAGAUUUCGUGUGGCCGACAGAUGGGAGGUUCACGUUUCAAACGUUAGGUGAUGUACCGAGUGCUCCGGGUAUGCCAACGGUAACCAAACUCCGUAACUCUGUGUACCAAUUGAAUUGGGAACCAGCGCAAGCUCAUGGCUCGCAGAUCACGUUGUACCGUGUCGAAGGGAUGAAGAUCAAUGAAAUUAACGAGCAAAUAGACUCCACCGGGAACGCGAGCUGGAAGUUGUAUUACAAUGGGACGGACAAUUAUUGGAUAAUCACGGGAGACAUGGACGACAAGUAUCGGUUUCGUAUUCAAGCUAGAAACGCGUACGGUUUCGGUAGUUGGAGCAGAUCCAGCGCGAUCAUUGAUUUAACCGAAGCCACCGGUGGAAUAUUAGCGGCUCAACAACACCUUGAUUUAGUGUUGGGACUUAGCGUCCCUGUUAUCACUAUUAUGCUCAUUUGCUUCUGUUAUUUCCUUUGCCCAGUGUACCGGCAGCGCAAAGAUGAUAAAAAGGCGGUUUUACCUCCGUUAGUGAGCGACGUCGAGUUAGCGACGCUUCGGGAGAUACCACGCGGAAAUUUCGUUCAAUCGAACGCGUUGUACGCGUCUACCUUGCAGAACGAUCCGGACGAUUCUACGCUUCCUAAAAUCAGAAGGGAACAGAUUACCUUAGCCAAGUUUUUGGGUAGCGGAGCCUUUGGAGAAGUAUUUCAAGGGAAUGCGAAGGAUUUGGAGAGACCAGGAGUUACACCAGUCGCGAUCAAAACGUUGCGAAAGGGCGCCUCGGCCCAGGAAAAGACAGAGUUCCUUCAAGAAGCUAGACUCAUGAGUCAUUUUCGACAUAAACACGUGUUAAGACUUUUGGGAGUCUGUUUAGAUACGGACCCACCGUUAUUGGUGUUGGAAUUGAUGGAAGCUGGAGAUUUACUGAGUUAUUUAAGGGCGAGUCGAUCUCUGCAACCAUCGGAUCCACACGCGUUACGCCUGCAAGAUUUGCUCGCCAUGUGCGAGGAUGUAGCAAGGGGAUGCCGUUAUUUGGAGGAGCUCCAUUUUGUACAUAGAGAUCUCGCGUGUAGAAAUUGUUUGGUAUCUGCCAGAGAUCGAGAGAACCGUGUCGUCAAGAUCGGUGACUUUGGACUGGCCAGAGAUAUAUACAAGAACGAUUAUUAUCGAAAAGAAGGAGAAGGAUUGCUUCCUGUUCGAUGGAUGGCACCUGAAUCGUUAGUGGACGGUGUAUUCACUUCACAGAGUGAUGUCUGGGCAUUUGGUGUAUUAAUGUGGGAAAUCACGUCCUUGGGGCAACAACCGUAUCCUGCUAGAACAAAUAUCGAAGUAUUACACCAUGUACGCGCAGGUGGAAGAUUACCCAAAUCUCUAAAUUGUCCACCUGCUUUACAUCAGCUCAUGUUACGUUGUUGGAGCGUUGCUGAUGCUAGACCGAGCUUUAAAGUUUGCCUCGAAAAUAUAGUUAGUCUUCGAAGUACCAUAGAGGAUGCACAACUGAACCCGGUUCAUGCUGGUCAUUAUUUAGCUAGAAGAGGCGUCUCUAACAUGGCUUACUUUGCUGACGAGAACCAAAAUCAUAAUAAUUCAGGGAAUUCUUGGAAAUCCAGCAGCUCAGAAGGCAGUCGAGAUAUGCAACCGUUCCUUCAGAAUUCCCAUAAUGCGACACUUACAUCACAAUCGAAUGAAGUACCGAAAUAUUUAGAAUUGUUAGCGGAUAACGAAGAUAUCAUUCUAAGGGAAAAUUCAACAAACGGAUACGAAGUGCCUCGGUCGAUUCAUAUCUCCGAUCAAAAUUUAACCAAUAUGAAUAAAGCUAGUACAAACGUAGAUGUAAAGAGCAAUUUGCAUUCUGAUGCGCCACAAGAACAUAAGGAUGCUUCGAAUGAUGCGAAAGAACAACCAGAAAGAAAGUGUGAUAAGAGAUCGUCGAUAUCUAGUUUGAAUUUACCAGAACGUAAAAGAGCAUCGAUCACGAGCAUGACUGAGAAAUGUAACACUUUAGAUAGUUCAAAAUUAACUAAUCCUACGAUUAAAGCGAUUUUAAAAAGAGAAUCCUUUACAUCAUUGACUGAUCAGCGGAAAAAUAAGAGGAACGUAACCGAACGACGAGGAUCGGAAUUAAGUUUAGAAGGUAGAAGUUCUAGUUCUUUAAGCUCGAAUAUUAGUUUAGCGCCACCUACUCGACCUAGUUCAUCGUUAAUUAGUUCACAAAAUGUUCUUCCAUUAAAGAACGGCGUUAUCGGAGGAACCGGCGAGUCAAACGAUAAUAACGUUACGAAAAACGCAUUGCCAAAAAUUCAAAGGACUCAUUCUAAUUUGCAAAAUGGUAAAGCUAACAUACCUUUGGUGAUAAACAGUGCAUUAUUGAACUUAUUGAGGCAGACUCCAGUUGUCGAGGAUAGUAACAAUAGAGUCACAUACACGAACAUCAAUACGGAUGCUGUUAGAGUAAACGGGUCGUGAAGCUUUUAUUAAAGAUGUGAUGGAUUAAGUCAUUUGAUGGGUCGUGUUUCUAAAACAGAAUCAUAAUUUCAAUAAUAACUCCGUACCGAAACUGGAAAUGCGUGUAAAGUUCCAUAGCUUUAAACUGCCAUAUUAAUGUAUGUACAUAUUUAAGUUUUAGUAUCUGAAAUUUAUUUUACAUGAACUGUGGCAGAAAGAUUUUAUUUGAUAAUGACAUUAAUUUUAGUUGACAAUCAGACUUGUCAGCAUCUAAGAAUCGAGAAUAUCUAUAGAGAAUUAUGUGGUGAUUAAUCUGCGAUAGUUUUAUAUUUGUCAUUACAACUAAUGUAUUUAUUUAAUAACACGGAAGUACGAGUAAAUUUUCACCAUUCAUUGUACAAAUUUCAUAUUAGCGAUAAUAUAAAGUAUAGUAUGGAAACUGAUAUUCAUGUUACGUUUAAAGAUUUGUUAAGUUUUACAUAUACAUGUAGUGGUUCUUUUUAAAACAGUACAAGAAUAAAUUUUUGCACAUAUUAAACUUUAUAUGACUGAACUGAGAAUUUUUGAAACUUGUAUUUUCAAAUUUCGUUAUUAAUGCUUUAAGAAUCAAUAAAAUUCGAAGAGGUUGUAAAUACUUUAACAAUAUAAACUUCCUACUUUUUAAAUUUCACUUAUUCUUUCCGUAAAAGUAUUAAAACGAUAUUGUAAGUAUCCAUCCAAGAGAAAUAGUAAACAAAAUAUAGGAUAGUAGUAAUAAGAGUAAAAGUGUGAAUAUGUACUUUCCAAAACUGACUUUUUAUAAUUCAACGCGAUAAAAGAAUGAACGGUUUAUAAAAAAUAGAUUGAUAAAUAACUGAUAAAUUAAAGUAAGUAUAUUAAUAAAUAGUACUCGAUAUUUGGCUAUCAAAUAUAAAAAAAGUAGUCCUAUAAUUAAAAAAUAUUUCAUAGUCUUCCUAUUUAAAAACAUACUUUUAUAUACUGAUUAUAAUAUGUAUAAUGUUAGUUCCUUCCCCUGCAAACUUCAUAACUUCUAAGUAAAAAUAAACCAAAUUCUGUAAAUAUCUCCAACAUUGUAAUAAAGAAUAUAUUGCUAAGAAAAUAAUUAUAUUGUAUGAAUUUUGUAUAUUUUAUAUAUACAUGUUUAUACUAAUGUGCAAAUACUGUAAUAAAAUUGCAUACA